CAUAUCGUAAAUAUACCCAGCAUGUAACCGGUUCGCUGCAUAUUUCCAACGUUGCCCUGGCGUCUGGCGCCAGUGGGAAGUUGUUUUUGAAAAUGCACAACCAGAAGUUUACCGUUGCGACUCUGAGCACUGCGACGCCUCAAGCAUCACUGGAUCUUAACUUUAGCGACGGCGAUCGUGUAUACUUCUAUGCGGUCGGCAAUGGCCAUCUGAGCAUCUUGGGCUAUGCGCUGAGCAUACAGCAACCGGCUAGCUAUGUGUCCUAUCGCAAUAUGCCGCCCGGCGGACUACAUGCAGAUAGCUGGUUCUAUGAUGGCGAUGAGGAUAGCGCCGAUAGCGUUGCUACCUAUAGGACCUUGUCCGAUAGCUACAUGCUUGAUAGUUCCGAGGACAGCAUGGAUAGCAGCCACACUCAAAGUGCGCCGGAAGCUGACAAUAGAUCGACCGAGACCGACGAGAACAAAGCAAAUUCGCAAGUGGAUACCGUGUAUGAGCUGAGCAGCGACAAUGAACGCCCAGGCGUAAUCAUUGAAGAAUUGUAUCCAACGCCAGCUACAGAGGAUCGCGAGGCCCAGACAUCAACCGGACUAAAUACAAUGCCGCAGAGUAUUGAGGUUAUAAUUGUGAAUGAAGAUGUUAAUGAAGUUGAAUAUGUAAAUGUAGAUGUCAACGAAGUUGACACUCAAGAGAUUAACGAAAAUGACGAUAGGAAUGCCGAGAUUGCUAAUGAUUAUGAUGAGAAUGAGAAUGUGAUUGAUGCGGAACAGAACGACAACGAUGGGACGAAUGAUGAGAAUUAUCCUAUUGAAUCAUCCGCUUCCACUGAUGAACAUCAAUCUCCGCCGGCCAAAAGAACCAGACUAUCGAGUGCUAGCGAUGCCGAGCAAUAAGAUCUUAUGAAUAAAAUAAUUA